CGUGAGUUUCCUUUUAUCUACGUUAAGUUUGAACCUGGGCUUCUCAGACUUCCCGGACUUCCAUAUCUGGGAUCAGGGGGAUUGACUGCCAAAGACUCAUGUUGGGUGAGGAAGAAGCCUGGAAGCGGGGCAGGAGGAAAGGAAAGGAGUCAGGAAUGGCUCUGGCUCAGGGACGUUUGACAUUCAGGGAUGUGGCCAUAGAAUUCUCUCAGGAAGAGUGGAAGUGCCUGGAACCUGCUCAGAGGGCUUUAUACAGGGCCGUGAUGUUGGAGAACUACAGGAACCUGGUCUCCCUGGCAGGAAUUUCUCAUUUUGACCUGAGUAUUAUCUCCAUGUUGGAGCAAGGAAAAGAGCCCUGGACUGUGGAGAGCCAAGUGCAAAUAGCUAGAAAAUCGGAUGGAUGGAAAUGGAUGAAAGGUGUGACCACAGAUCUCUCUCCUGAAUUUGCAAUAAAAAAUAUACCACCAAAAGGGAAGACCAGUGCAGGAGAAAUAUUCCAAACAGUGACCUUGGAAGGAACUGAAAGCCAUGACAUUGAAGAUUUUUCCUUUAGAGAAGUCCAGAAAAAUAUACAUGAGUUUGAGUGUCAAUGGGGAGAUGAUGAUAGAAGUUACAAAGCAUUGCAUAUGACCCAGAAAGAAAACCUCACAGGUAGAAGAGAUCAACAUGAUAGAAGGGAUGCAGGAAACAAGCUUAUUGAAAAUCAGCGUGGAUUAGUCUUUAAGUCAUAUGUGCCUCAACUGCAGAUACUUCAAAAUAAAAGGAAAGUUGAUGAAUGUAAUCAAGUGAAGUCUACCAUCCAUGGUUCCUCAGCUUCACCACUUCCACAAAUCCCUUCUAGUGUCAAAUCCCACAUUUCUAAAAAAUAUGAGAAUGAUUUCAUGAUCUCUUCAUCACUCACACAAGGACAAACAGUAAAUAAUGGUGGAAAACCUUACAAAUGUAAUGAAUGUGGCAAGAUGUUCACUGAAAAUUUACAUGUUGCAUGUCAUCAGAGAAUUCUUACUGGAGAGAAGCCUUACAAAUGUAAUGAGUGUAGUGAGAUCUUCACUCGAAAUGCACACCUUGCACGUCACAGGAGAAUGCAGCCUGGAGAAAAACCUUACACAUGUAGUGCAUGUGGCAUGACCUUCAUUCGAAAUGCAAACCUUGUACGUCAUAGGAGAAGGCAUCCUGCAGAGAAACCUUACCGAUGUAAGGAGUGUGGCAAAGCCUUUAGUGUAGGUUCAAGACUGGCUAUCCAUCAGGCAAUCCAUACUGGAGAGAAACCUUACAAAUGUAAAGAGUGUGGCAAAGUCUUCACUCAAAUUGCAUACCUUGCACGUCACACGAGGAGGCAUACUGGAGAGAAACCUUACAAAUGUAAUGAGUGUGGGAAGUCCUUCGCUCAAAAUGCACAGCUUUCAAGUCACAGGAGAGGGCAUACUGGAGAGAAACCUUAUAAAUGUAUCGAAUGCGGGAAGUUCUUCAGGGAAAAUGGCUCCCUUAAAAUCCAUCGAAGAAUUCAUACUGGUGAGAAACCUUACAAGUGUUGUCAGUGUGGCAAAGCCUUUAGAGUUUGUUCAAACCUAACUACUCAUCAGGCAAUCCAUACUGGAGAGAAACCUUACAAAUGUGAUGAGUGUGGCAAGGUCUUCACUCAAAGUGCACACCUUGCACGUCACAGGAGAAGUCAUACUGGAGAGAGACCUUACCAGUGUAAUGAGUGUGGCAAAGCCUUUAGUACACGUUAUAGACUAACUGUGCAUCAGGCAAUCCAUACUGGAGAAAAACCUUACACAUGUAAUGAGUGUGGGAAGUCCUUUACUCAAAAUUCACAUCUUGUUAAUCAUCAGAGUAUUCACAGUGGAGAGAAACCUUACAAGUGUAAUGAGUGUGGGAAAGCCUUUAGACUGCGUUCAUUCCUCAGUGUGCAUGAGGCAAUCCAUACUGUUGGGAAAUACAGUUAAGAGUCAUGGAAAGUUUCAGGAGUUUUGCAGGGCUUUGACUUGGAAAAGUCUGUGGGCUUAUUAGUUCACAAACCAGAAGCUGCUUAGAAUUAAGGGGAGCAUUCCACUGAUCAUGGGUGACUUCAAGGUGGUGCUGAUCUUGAGGUCUGCAAGCCAGAACCUGGAGCUUGUGCAAGGCAGAUCUCGGCAUGGGGUGAAAGGGUAAGAGACUGAUCAAAGAAUGUCUGCCCAGCAGACUACUAUAGCAAAAACCAAUUACUCUCAAAGAUAGUUCCUGUUUCACUCGUGACCAAAUGUCUCAUUAUAUGAAGUGAUAGAUUAGAGAACUAUGCAGGCUCAGGGUUCCUGUUUUAUGCGUUACUGCUUAAGUAACAAUUUUAUCUUUAACUUGUGUACUAAGCCAGGUGUAUUCUUAACUUAGAGCUUAAAAUGUUUAUGUUGGAAAAAUUUUGUAGCGAAUUUACUCUUGGAGAUACAAUUAGGUAAGGGAUCUCUUGAAACCUUUGGUGGGCCUUGAAACCUAAAUGAAUAAUCUGUGCACAUAAUUCAAUGACCAGGGACAACUUAUUCCUGUACCAGUUAAUACUGAUGUGGGACUUCAUUCAGUGCCUCCUGGCUCAUGGGAAUGCUGGAGGAUCCCUGUCUUUCCCAUGACUGUAAACUACACUUUGUCUAUCUAUAAUAUUCAAAUCUCUUCAGAGGAUCCUGUCUGGCACCCAUUUGUUGGGAGAGUAGCUAACUCCUGGCACCAUACUAGAGAAAAACCUUACAAAUGUAAUGAGUGUGGCAAGGCCUUCACUCGAAAUACACACCUUGCAAGUCAUCAAAGAAUUCAUAAUGGAGAGAAACCUAACAAGUGUGAUCAAUGUGGGAAAGCCUUUAGAUUGCAAUGUUCAGGCCUAACUACUGAUCAGGAAAUCCAUACUGGAGUAAAAAUCAAGCAGAGAUAAUGAAUGUAGCAAGGUUUUCACUCAAUGUUCACAACUUACAAAUCAUCGAAGAAUUCAUACUGAAGAGAAACCCUACAGAUGUAAUCACUGUGGCAAGCUCUUCCUUGAACGAUCAAAGCUUGCAAGGCAUCACAGAAUUAAUACUUGAAAGAAACCGUAUGAAUGAGUGUGGCAAGGUCUUCAGUCACAAUUCACUCCUUGCAUGACAUUAGAGUAUUCAUUCUUAAGAGAAUCCUUACCAAUGCAGACUAUGGCAAACCCCUCAUGAGUUCAAGCAUUAACAUUGGAGAGCCCACGCCAAAGAACAAUCAUGUGAUUGUAUUUGGAAGAGGCUUUUUUCGUGCCUCACAAGCCACUGUGCAUCAAAAUACAUAUCUUUGAUAAAAGCAAACAAAUGUAACGUGUAAGUUGAGGUUAUUACCCAGGUGCCAUAAAUGCGUGUGCGGAUUUAUAUGAGGAAUGACUGGAUCUCUAAUUCUCCAUGAUUAACCUUUGAUAUUACACACUGGAAAAUAAUUCUAAGUCCAAAUAUGUUAAAACUUACAGCAUGAUAUAUAUAUAUCAAAGGUGUCAGGAUGUUUGGAGAUGGUCAUUUACCUUGAAGUUACAAAAUAUUUUAUACAUUUAUUUCAGGAUUCUUGAAAAGGCCACUAUUCAUAACUUUCAACUUGAACUUUGAAAUCUUACUAUUAUGCCUUUUUCACAAGCCUUUCAUUGUGGUCUGUGCAGAAGAAUCCACUGCAUGGCAGGGCCUGCUUUAAGGGUGAGGAUCACAUGUGUCAGUGGUCCUGUGAGAAGAAGAAUGCUGCCUUUGAAUAUUACAUGUGAUCUGAAUGAAUAUUUGGGAGGGGCAGAGAAUAACAUUAAAGUAUGAUGUCACUUACCUUGCUCAUGGUGUUCAGGGUUCUCUUCUCCUGACAGGAGGGCACUGUAGGUUAAAGGAGACAAA